AAAUUUCACGGCCAUGGCCCACGUUACUGAGAGCUAUCCGGCCUGCGGCAUGCCAUGGAGCUCGCUGAACCUGAAAUUCGUUGCGGCUUACGCUGACCUUUGGCUUUUUGGACAUGAGCGUGGUCGAUGCGGCCAAUGCAUUGCGCUGUGCGGCGAGAAAGACUGCAACCCAGUAUUACUCGUUGACCAGCACGAAGGUAGCUGGAAACAUCGCCAGCAUGACUGGUGGGUCAGCGAGGAAAUGUACACUUGGUUGAGUGGGAUGCAUCAUACCAAAAAGGAGCGGCUUCAACUUCAUCGGCCGAUCAAUUCUUACGAGUGUCGGGGCAUCUGGGACGGCACUAUGAUUGGGGAUGCUGAGCCGCCGGGGCUCCUCAAGAAUCUACAUCCCGACAAUCUUGUCAAGACGUACUUUCAUGCUGAUCUGGGAGACACGCGUGAGACGAUGGUGAUGCAUACCAUGGAGGAGGAUGGCGAUCACUUGCAGGUUGAACACGAUGGCGAGAGUAAGCCUACCAAGAGCAAUGGCAACUCUUCCGCAACGGCUUUCGGUCCAAAGUAUCCGUUGAAUAAUAUGACCGCGACUACAGUCACCGAGAUCAAAACUACGACUACGAUUAUGGCUAUUGUUAUCAAGACAAAGACUAGCACGGAGACCACCAAGACAACUACUACCUGGCGCCAUGAAGCAUUGAACAAUCCGCAUCGCUAUUCACAAUACUUAGGCAACCCACCAGACGAGGGACCACGAAUUGGCGAUUAUCGUACAUUGACAAUGAAGAACAAUAUUCCCCGAGGCCUUGACGUACUUACCCUCACUGAGGAAGUCGCAGUAAAGACGCCCGAACCAUUUGUGCCCUCUGAGCUGGCGCUCAGGACGAGAGAAAUUGGUGUAGCUGAUGCUCAGCCGACACUGAGAAUGCAAGGUCCUUCUGAAGAGUUCAGUCUUACGCCAUAUCAAUUACCAGAGGGAAUCGAUCCCCAUGAGCUUGAAUUUGCGCCAACUGUCUCACAUUCUGGAGAUAGCAUCUUUAAGAAUCUUCAUUCUCGAUUCCUAUCACCGCAAGUCACGGCUACAGUUCCACAAAGUCAAGUACGGUCAGAUACACCCGCGCCAGAAUCAACUUCGCAUUCGGUCCACAUGAACGCAUGGAAAUACUUUUUCAGGGGAUUCUUUAGAAAAGAGCAUUUCUACACGCUCACCAAAACCGUUGUAUCUGUUGAGACCGUGACGCCCACAGUCGAUCCAAUUCAGAAGAAUGAACUUGACGAACGCGACCCUGGAACUGCCACCGCUACGGAUAAUGGAGAAUAUGUCGUGCAGACUAUACUCCCCACUGUAUCUAUCUACACGGUGGCCCUACAGCCAGCUUCGUCUCCUUCAAUCACCACCUUGACAAGCACUCAGACACUGAGCCUGAUCAUGAAAUCUACAUCAACAACCGUUACCACGUCGCCGUAUACAUUUACACAUCAUCUGACGACAACAGUUGCUGCUCCAACAAAGGUUUUCUCAGCUGGACAUGGACCUAUUGGCCGUUUUGCCCGCGCAGUACUCGCCGCGGAGGGCAAAUCCUCAUCCAGUCCCCAGAGCAAUAAUACCCUUGCUACAAAUGCCACUGAGUCCUGCAACAAGACUGAUCGUCCUGAUGGCUAUGAUCUCAUUGCCCAGGGAGACGCGUCCGCAAGGCUUCACUGGUCUGACCUCAGUGUCCCAUCGUUGUCCUCUCUUGCCCAUCUGGCCAAGCGCAAGAUUGGCUUCUGGGAAGACCGCCACGACUAUCACCCGCUAUGGUAUUUCCGCAAGAAGAGCUCCGCAAAGGAUCCGCCUCCUUUCUGUGGAAUGCCGUGGGAGUCGUUGCACCUCGAUUACGUCGCUGCGGGGCGGCAUAUGCGUCCAUCAGACUGCGGGACCUGCUUUAAGGUCUGCUCCGUCUUCCACCUCGACUGCGUGUACAUUCUGAUUGUCGAAAACACCGACAAGAACGGCGUCAACAUGCGCAAGAAGAAAUCCUGGGAUUUCGGCCCCUUUAUGAAACACUGGAAGAAAGUCGACACGCACUGGUGCGGCGGCAUCUGGAACGGCACCAUGUUGCCCGAAUGGGGCGGCGACGAUUGGCACGGCGGACGCGACCACCCCAUGCGCGGAGGGCACUGGAAUCAGUUUGAUCAGGGACCUAUCGCGAAGCCGCAUUAUCACAUGGGUUGGGAUGAGGUCAAAGUUGUCCCAGCCAAACUCGACCCUCCACCAACCUCCAGAUCCUCGCACAGCCCGCUCCCGCCCGACCCGCGCGCGACCUACCAGGGCGCCAUGCCGCCUGGCGAACUGCCAUAUUUGCCCGCCACGUUUCCGUUCAACACGCGCACAAAGUACUCGCAUAUUAAGGGCUACAAGACCUUUUUGCCGGACACGACUACCGCGCGGCCCCCGCAGUGAUUUUAUUAUCCUUUUUUUUUCCCUCCUUUUUUUGGGUUGGUUUUGUUCUCUUUUUAGGGUUGGGUUUGUUGAGGGGUGAGGAGGGGGGAGAAGGGGCGCGGCUGCUCCCGGCUGCACGGUCCACAGGGAGAGGAGGGGGGCGAGAAAGAUUGUUGGGGGGAAAAGGAGAUCGGGUUACUUGGAACUGGAUUGUACGAGAUUGGAUGUCACAUUGGGUUCAAAUACGAAAUACGCAAAAGGAUUUAAGUGGUCUUUGUAGGUUAGGAAAGGGGGGGAGGGGAAGGGCGGAGGGAAGGAAAGAAAAAAGGAAAAAGAAAAAAGAAAAGAAAGUAGAGAAGAAGAGGGGGAAGAAGAGGGGGAAGAAGAAGAAGAAGGAGAAGGAGAAGAGAAAAAAAAAACAAUUAAAAAAAAAGGGGGGAGGAGGGGUGGGAAGGAGGG